ACAGAACAACUCUAGUAGUCAAUACAGGUGUCAUGGUGUGAGGCAACACACAAAGAAAUAAAUAAUGCCAGAGCCGUAACAUGAAGAGUUGGGGAAAUAAUAACUAUAUAAUCGUAUUUGCUCCUUACACAGAGCAUUUUCCGUGACUGGCUGGCGCAGUGAAUGACUUGUUAGAAACGGAAGCGCCAUGAAAAAGGUCGACGACCCAGACGAGAAAAGGGUCUCCCUUGGAGAAUUUGCCACUUCCACCAGCGCUCAUGGGUUUGCCCGUGUUGCACAGAGUCGCCACCUGGUGAUGAAGGCACUGUGGAUAAUCUUAAUAGUGGCAGGCUUCGUCGUCGCUACUAUACAGAUUGAAAUGAGAUUUUCGGCUUUUAUUCGCCGAGACACGGUAACCAAAACGUCAAUGGUAUUCAACACUUCCCUCAGCUUUCCCGCUGUUACAAUUUGUAAUUAUAACAGAUAUGUAGGCAGACGACUGAACACUAUGGACAGAUUGUAUUUAAAUGGCGCUACACUGUAUCUCGCUGCUCUAUCCAGCAAGAACUCCAGGGCAUACGCACAUAUUAACCUGGAUAACAUAAAGAAUCUGAAUAUGACCGCAUGGUACGGCAGUGGGUACACCUUUGCUAACUUCACCAAAGACAAAGGGUGGCUUCUUAAUGAAAGAAACGCGCGGUGCACAUUUAGAGGUGAAGAUUGCAAUAUUACUGCGGACUUCAAACACGUAUUUACCGAAUUUGGAAACUGCUACACAUUUAAUAGUGGUGAUGAUCCAUCGAGAAACUUGUUCCAGGACCAAGCAGGUAUUGGCAAUGGCCUCCGAAUAGAAAUUAACAUACAGCAGGAACAAUACACAAACUUAAUACUCAGAGGAGACGCCCCUGAUGCUGGAAUAUUGUUCCAUGUUCACAACCAAUCAGAGCCAGCGUCCGUAGAGACAGACGGUAGAGCCGUCGGGCCAGGUUUAACAGAGCUGCAGUUUGGAGAAAUAGAAGUCAAGAAGCACGUUUCCUCCAAGGACAUCUACGUCGACAAUAAUACUGACUUGGACACCGACGAAGUGGACAUCGAGACUGAUGAAGUCCAGCGUGUUAGUGGAGGUAUACUGACCAGCGUCUCCGGACACGUGCAGGUGUUUCAAAAACCCGUAGAACAGGAUGACACUACUGCCAACCCUGAGGAAGGGGGUAAUAUUGACCUUGGGGUAUAUUUGACCUCUAACGUGACCUUUACCUUGACCUUGCGUAAGCACGUUAAGCGUUCCGUUGAAGGCGUUCAAAGAAUGGAAGCAGUGGCCAACGCACAAUUCCAGAAACGGUCCUUGGUUGGACAGUAUGACCAGGUCUCUGCUGUGUACCAAAGAUGGACUGUUCUGAGGAAAAAGUUCGAUGAAGAAGAUAAGCUAGGUCAAGCUGUGACAAACUUUAUGAAAGAUCCAACAGAUCCGUCAAAAUUGUACGAAGUGAACGAAAUCCUUUCUCUGGAAAAUGAACUCGGGAUGCCACACAACACUGCAACCUCUGCAGCCGCCAACACACCAGCCCUGGUUAAGCAACUGAUACAAGUUACAAAAGAGGUGGUUUCCAAGUGUUCGGAAAAUUGGGAAAUUUGCAAAGAAAUUUUGGAUCUUCACAUCACUGCAGGCGGCAAAGAUGUCGAAAAGAUUCUGUCGGAUCUGGUCCUGUCUCACCCACUAUCAACCGAGCAAAAGCAGGAACUGGUUCAGAAGUUGUCCUUUAUUGCCAAACCCACAAACCACAUCUUAACCACAGUCAAGACACUCUGGAACACGCUGUCCUCUCAAGGCGAUCCAUCCCAAAGUCACGCCAUACUUACCCUCGGCUCCCUCGCCUCCAAGGAAACUACCAGCAAGGAUUUCCGUUCAGAAUUGGUGGAUCUUCUUCGAAGACAUCUUCAAUCAGGCGACAAAAAUAACAACACAGAACAAAUCAGUGACGCUCUUGAGGCUAUAGGUAACUUUGGCGACAAUAGACUUACACCAGAUGUAUUAGCAAUUGCCAAAAAAGAAGGACAAGUGGAAGAGAUAGAGAUAGGCUGUAUCCACGCUCUGAGAAGAAACUUCCACAUUGAGUCGGUUCAGCAAUGGCUAGUAGAUCUGCUGACUCGUCCAACAUCCACCUGUGAAUUACGCGAAGCUGCUGUUAUGACCAUCAAAGGCGAACUUGCCUACAGAAAGGCCCUGGAUACCAAAAAUAAGGCAUGGCCCAAUUCAGGCCUCACAGACAUAGACACUAUUCUUCUCAAUGCACUUUUUAUGGCAGAUGCUAAAUAUGAAUGCGCAUUUUCAGACAUUAAGGAGUAUCUGCAACUUAAAGGUGUAUCAAUUGGUACUCAUACUGAAACUUACGAGAUGGUGAAUUCCACACGCACCAAGAGAGGAGUUGACCAUACUAGCUGCAGUUCUUGGAGUACCCACGGUUCACGGUAUUCAGAUUUAUUAAGUUCAGGGCAGUUCUCGAGUGAUAAUUCCCUGUACCCAGACAACAAGCACUGCCUUUCCCACAUCAGUUACGGUCCUUCGAAAGCUCAUGUCUAUGUCAAGUCCGGCGUCUUUGCUGGUAUAGAUAAAAGACGAGGACACUGUAAAGUGUACGGCAAGUCUGUAGCUAAAAUCAAAGUCUUCUCUAAAACCCUCACACUCGCAACCGCUGAAGUCUAUCGUUAUAAGGCUAGCAGCAGUAGGACAAAGGUCUAUCUCCACGUCUAUGGGAAGACUGUGGUGAACAUAUAUCACUCCGGCCCACUAUACAAAAACUACCCCAUUUACAGACCAUCACCAAAAACCAUCACCGUGUUCCGGUUUUAUAUCUAUGUGGCCAAAAUCUCCGUCACCAUUACCUUGGCUCCAACUGUGGACUUCAGUGUCAGGGCAGGGUUCUGUUCUCGUUCAACAGAUCCCUGCUCCCAUUGUCUGACGAUGACGCUCAAAGCAGGUGUCCGUAUUUCUGGUGGUGCAUCUGCUAGUUUGGCUGCACUGGUUCGCGGCGGGAUUGACGUCGGUGUCACCCUCAAUUACCUAAUUGAAGGAGAGGGGAAGCUCUACCCUGGCAUUUGUUUCUCGAUCUACCACGGUCACGACCCCAUGAAGAUUAACAUACAAGCUUGGUAUCAGAUACGUUCUAAGUUUAAGAUUAGAGGCUGGCGAUUCUGGAAGUGGAGAUGGACCUGGGGAAACAGAAAGACGUGGAGACCAUCGUCGCUGUCUUGGAGCCUGGGAAAAUCUAGUAGAAGACUCAUCGCUAGAGCGGGCAGAUGCUAGGCAUGUUUGUUAUAUGAAUCACACUAAGUUCUGGACUUAGUCUCAAGAUAUUAUUAUGUGUCUAAUAGACGUUUUCGCACAUGCAUGUACGUGUACAUGUGUGUUUGUGUGUGUACAUGGGCGUGCAUCACGGGUUUGCGUUAAUCACAUAGAUAUCUAGAUCACAGAACAGACGCGGGCUGUUUCUGUUAAUCUUAGCUUUUUAGUAAUGUUUUUGAAACUAAGCAAAUUACUUUUGUAGUUCAUUCAGGCCCUGAAGGAUACUGUCGGAAUGAUUUGUUUUUCAUGCAUACCACUUAUUUCUUUUAUUAUAUGGAAAUAUUUUGUAUAGAAUCCUUCAUUUUUAAUGAUAGGUCGCUUGAUUUGUUUCUUAUUAUUUAACAACUGAUGUUACGAAUGCUAAAUACAACAAUACUUUAACUUGGUAGGCAAUGGAUCAAUAUUUUAUUUGGUCGUUAAUUAAUCAUUCUUCAUUUAUUUUUUAGUUAUUUUUAUAUACAAGUGUCAUUUGAGCAUGCUUAAAAUAUUAUUCAUAAAGGGAAAAAAUUGGAUCAAGAGUUACAGAUUUUACAAUCGUGAAUCUGUUUUAUUUGAUUUACAUAAUCAUUCAGAAUACUCUCUGUAGAA